AGGUGUAUUUCAAUCUUUUGAGGGGAAAUGGGAUGAAAAAGGUCCUGUUGGUGUAGGACUGAAUGAACUAAAACGGAAAUUGUUAAUCAGUGACACUCACCAUUAUGGUGUAACCGUUCCACACACAACAAGACCACGAAGAAGCCAAGAAAGUGAUGGUGUUGAAUACACUUUUAUUUCCAAGCACUUGUUCGAGACAGAUAUACAGAAUAACAAAUUUAUUGAAUAUGGGGAAUAUAAAAAUAAUUAUUAUGGUACCAGCAUUGACUCAAUUAGAGCUGUUCUGGCAAAAAAUAAAGUUUGUUUGUUAGAUGUACAGCCUCAUACAGUGAAGCAUCUAAAGACUUUGGAAUUCAAACCAUUUGUGAUAUUUAUAAAACCUCCAUCAAUUGAGCGUUUAAGAGAGACACGAAGAAAUGCCAAAAUAAUUUCAAGCAAGGACGAAAAAGGUGCUGCCAAGCCUUUUCAAGAAGAAGAUUUUCAAGAAAUGAUUAAAUCUGCCCAGAUUAUGGAAAGUCAGUACAACCAUCUUUUUGACAAAGUUGUCGUGAAUGAUGAUCUUACCACAGCAUACAAUGAAUUGAAAACAAUUUUUGACAAACUGGAGAGAGAAACAUUUUGGGUCCCAGUCAGUUGGGUGCAUUCCUAAUGCUACACAGAUAUCUUCAUGGUAAUUAGAUGGGUCCAAGCGGACAUAUUGUUGCUAGGGUCUUUUUUUAGUUAUGACAUGUUAGAUGAACAUUGCAAGAGAUGGUUGAUCUUAUUUUUAAUGGAUUAAUAAUACAGUUUUCUAGGCAGCAGAACAAGGGGAAGCCUUAUUUCUAUUUGUUUUCUUGUUUUUUUUAAAAAAGCAUCCUCAACUACUAUAAUAUCUUUCAUAAAUAAUUUGCACUCUCCAUGACAUUUCCUUUAAGCUAGGAUUUACUAGAACAUCUUAACAUGCAAGAUCUCUACUAGUACUAUAUCUGAUUUUGGUUAGCACUUGAGAAUAUAUUAUAACUGGAGCAUUUAUUUUUUAAGAAUAUAAAUGUCUGUUUAGUACUGAUCUAUAAUGUAAAAUGCAAAUUUCUCUAUUCAUCUUGACUGAAUAAAUUUAAGUUACUUUGGUGGGAAAAUUAUUGAAAUUUCUUUUCAAUAAGAAAUAUGUAAUAUUUUACAUCUUAAGUAUUUGUAUAUUGUCUUGUUGGAUUAAAGACAAUGAGGUUUUCAUUUAAACCAAGCUUGAAAUUGUUUGAAUAAUUCUUACUAAGAAUAAAACAAUGUGGUGGAGGAUCAUAGCCUUUGUAAUUGAGUCAAUUGUAUACAUAUAUUUA